AUGAGAAUGUGGUUUUUUUCUAGGGAAGCUCUACUUGAACGACUACUAGAGUACAAUGGAGAUGAAAUUAUGAAGGUAAAAGCUGAAACAAAGGCUAAUGCAACAGUAAUUUGUGCUUAUUCCCCUUUUAUUAUGGAGGUAAGGGAGGCUGAACUAGAUUUGGCUAUUUGCAUCACUGAGGGAAUCGGAAUCCCUCAGCAUGACAUUGUUCUUGCCAAGGCUGCUCUCAACAAGCAGUUAAAAACUCAGCUCAUAGGUCCAAAUUGUCCUGGAAUUAUCAAGCUUGGGGAGUGUAAGAUUGGAAUUAUGCCUGAAUACAUUCACAAUCUAGGACAUAUUGGAAUUAUCUCACGAUCUGGCACACUAACUUAUGAAGCAAUUUUUCAAACUACUAUCGACAACCUUGGGCAGUCAACAUGUGUCAAAAUUGGCGGAGACACUUUCAAUGGAACAAAUUUUGUUUAUUGCAUAGAAAAGUUCCUUGUUGAUCCUCAGACAAAAAGUGGUACCAAAAAGCCCAUUGGUGCUUCCAUUGAAAGUUGUAAGCAUCACAUAUGGCAAGCUAUAAAAGCAUCAUCUACAUCGUCAUAUUAUCUAGAUGAGUACACUAGUGGUGUAUAUUGGUAG